UUUUUCGAUUCCCCAAGGAUCCGAGACGAUAUGAGGAAUGGAUGAAACGAGGUAAAGUGCCAGAUGGAUUGCCGGAAUCACAUAUGCUCAUGUGUUCCGACCAUUUCGAUAAUAAGUAUAUAAUAAAAAAUGCACGUCGAACGAUUCUAGCAACCACAGCGGUACCAUUUUUUUAUUGUGGAGAUAAUAGUGACAUAGAUAGUGACGAUAAUAUUGAUAAGGAAUGUGAAGAAGCGAUGGAUAAAGUAGAUGAAGCAUUGGAUGCAGAAAUGGUAUUUUCCAUACAAGACUUAAAUGAUGAAUCGGCGGUCAUUAGACUGAAGGAGAGUGAACGCGUAGAUGUCGUUGAAUAUGGAAUGCUAGAUUAUGAAAAAGUGGACAAUCAAAGCGACACGGAAUAUUGUGUUGAAUCGACCACCAUGAAAGAAGCAGACGAGCACAUAGCAGAUAUGUUGGAAGAUUAUGAAGUUGCCAGCGAUUUUGAGGAAGAUCUAUUGUCUGAAGUAGUGACUCAAUCAGAGCCGAGAGAAGAUGCUGUUAAAGGUUACAAACCAAAUGUUAAAAAACGCAAAAUAAAUUCGGACAUAGAGGACAACCAGGAGCCUACCAGCUCCAAAGCUCUAGUGUCGAAAAUAAUGGCUCAAGUUGAAAAAAGUGACAACAGUGCCGCAGUAUUGAAUCGAAGCGGAAAGCAGGAAGACGGGGAACACAUUAAACACUUGCGACUGCAAAACAAAAAGCCAAGCACUCCACAACCCGAAGCUCAGAAAAUUGACCCGGAUACAUUGGUGGACUCAAAAGCAGUUACGUGUUUUAUUUUCAAGGGUGAGGAGUAUGUGCAAAUGCCCAAAGAGUAUUAUGUACAAGAAAAAUUGGAAGUCAUCGAGAAGUUGAAAAGAUAUGAAAAUGCAUUGCAGACAUUCAAAAAGAAUUUAUUGGACUUGGAUUUACCAUAAGGAACUUGACAAUUACACAUUUUCCUUUUAAUCUUAAUAAAACAAAUUCCAUUUUCUUUAAUAUUUAUUUUUAAUUAAUAAAGUAUAAAUGUACCCAGGAUAGCCUGGUAAACUUGGAAA